AUGAAGAACUCCGUCAUCGCUCUUACCCUCAUUGGUGUCGCGGCUGCCCGCCCGACCCUUAUGACCAAGCGUGAGGUUCCUCAGGAACACGCUCACCGCAACGUUAACCUUGCUGUCAACGACCUGCUUCAGCAGAACAACCCGGACAACAUUCAAGAUAGUGUCUUUGCUCUCCUUGGAGCCAAGGCUGCUGCAGAGGGUGCCGGAGACAUCACCGAUACGGACUGUCUUCAGCAAGCCGUAGCUGACCAGGCGUUCACCAACGCCAAGGAUGCUGGUGAUGUCGCGGGCAUGACUAUGGCUCUCAUCUACCGUACUUUGGAACGAAACACUGGCUCCGUCGGUCUGGCCUCUGCUCCUUGCCAAUCCAUCAAGGCCGUCAACCCUGAGAUUGCUGCGCUCCAGCAGCAUCAGGACCCUGCCAGUGAUGGCGCCCAGGCACUCAACAAGCAGAUUGCCGAAGAGCUCGCUCGCCAGAUCGCCUCAGUCGGUGGUGAUCCAUCGAUGGCCAACGAAGCUUCAACCUUCGCGCCUGGAGAGAUUGGCGACCCGACCGGUGCCGGCAACACCUGCGACGUCGACACUGACGAUGCAGGAUGCAUCAACACCCAGAACCUUCGUGUCGAUGAUCUCACCGAGGAUGAGAUUACUGCCGCGGUCGCUGGUGUCAGUGGAGCUGCUGGUAACGGCACUGCCGCAGCUGGUAAUGCUGCUGCCGGUAACAACAACGCUGGUAACAACAACGCCAACUCUGGCAACAACAAGGGCAACGCUGGCAACAAUGCUGCUGCUGGUAACAACAACGCAAAUGCUGGCAACAACAACAAUGCUGGUAACAACGCCAAUGCCGGUAACAACGCCAACGCUGGUAACAACAACAAUGCUGCCGCUGGCAACGCUGCCUCUGGAAACGCUGCCUCAGGUAACGCUGCUGCCUCUGGUGCCGCCGCCUUCGGCAACUGCGACCCCACCAUCACCUUUGGUAUUCCUUCGGAUGGCCGUCAGGAGGAGGCUUUCGAGCCCACCGAUCUGAGCACCUUCAACCACGGGUCUGCUCAGAAGAUUGACAUCAUCUCACAGUUCAUCUGCUCACAGAUGUCCAACAAGUGCGACGUAGACGCUGCAGCUGUCAGCACCUGUGAUGAUGCUGCGUCUGCCGCUUCGGGACUGACAGGUCAGGCUGCUGCAGAUGCGUUUAACUCGGCUCUUGGUCUUUAG